CGCUGCCGAAAGAAUUGGCGUCCCUCCCUCGCCAAUCCGGCUUCGGCGCCCGCCCGCCCGCGUUUUUCCGGCUCCUGCCUCCUGGCAGCUCCAGCCUGGUUCGCACCGGCGCCUUGGAGGGAGGGUUCAAAUCCGCGCAAGGGAGCUGCAGCGCGCGAGGGGUGCGGAGCGGAGCCGGCAUGGAAUCCUGUCCUGGAUUCUCUCUGGAACCCACAUCUGCCACUCCUGGGUGGGCCAGGUGGGGAGCUGACACAGAGAGCAAGCACCUGGUUUUAGGGCAUCAGGGGAGUUGGGCAGCAAGCACCUAUCUGCUCUGAUGGAGCCUCCUGACCCCCAGAAGCAGCCGCCUGUGCCCUGGUGAAACUUCAUGGCCACAGCCCCAGGCCCUGCUGGCAUUGCCAUGGGCAACGUGGGCAGCCUGUUGGAACGACAGGACUUUUCCCCUGAAGAACUACGGGCAGCACUCGCAGGGUCUCGGGGCUCCCGCCAGCCUGAUGGGCUGUUCCGGAAAGGCUUGGGCCAGCGCGAGCUCUUCAGCUACCUGCACCUCCCCAAGAAGGACAGCAAGACCACCAAGCGGGCCCCUCGGAACGAGCCUGCCGACUAUGCCACCCUCUACUACCAGGAACAUCCUCGGGCUAGUGACUUCAGCAAGACUUCGCUGCCUGAGCGGGGUCGUUUUGACAAGUGCCACAUUCGCCCAUCAGUAUUCAAGCCGGCAGUGGGCACCGGGAAAGGCUUCCUGUCCAUGCAGAGCCUGGCGGCCCACAAGGGUCAGAAGCUGUGGCGCAGCAAUGGCAGCCUGCACACGCUGGCCUGCCACCCACCCCUGAGCCCAGGGCCCCAGGCCAGCCAGGCCCAGGCCCGUGCCCAGCUGUUGCACGCCCUCAGCCUGGAUGAGGGUGGCCCUGAUCCUGAGCCCAGUCUGUCCGACUCCUCCAGCGGAGGCAGCUUUGGCCGCAGUCCCAGCACCGGCCCCGGCCCCUUUUGCUCCUCCCUGGGCCACAUUAACCACCUCGGGGGCUCCCUGGACCGGGCCUCACGGGGUCCCAAGGAGGCUGUGCUGAGCUGCCUGCCCGAACCACCGCCCCCCUAUGAGUUCUCCUGCCCCACUGCCGAGGACAUGGUGGCCAUGCUGCCCGACACCUGCGAGGAGCUCAAGAGGAACCUCAGUGAUGAGGAUGGUGCCAACCCCUUCACACAGGUGCUGGAGGAGCGCCAGCGGUUGUGGCUGUCUGAGCUGAAGCGCCUAUACGUGGAGCAGUUGCACGAAGUGACCCAGAAGGCCGAGCGUAGUGAGCGCAACCUCCAGCUCCAGCUGUUCAUGGCCCAGCAGGAGCAGCGGCGCCUACGCAGGGAGCUGCAGGCACAGCAGGGCCUGGGCCCAGAGGCCGACCCCAGUGCCCGACCAGAGGAAGAAUCCCGAUGGGAGGUGUGCCAGAAGACAGCAGAGAUUAGCCUUCUGAAGCAGCAGCUGCGGGAGGCCCAGGCUGAGCUGGCACAGAAGCUUGCUGAGAUCUUCAGCCUGAAGACGCAACUUCGGGGCAGCCGGGUGCAAGCCCAGGCCCAGGACGCAGAGCUGGCCCAGCUGCGAGAGGCUGUGCGGAGCCUGCAGGAGCAGACCCCUCGGGAGGAGGCCCCAGGCAGCUGUGAGACUGAUGACUGCAAGAGCAGGGGGCUGCUGGGGGAGGCAGGAGGCAGCGAGGCCGGAGAUGGUGCCGAGCAGCUGCGGGCUGAGCUGCUGAAGGAGCGGCUCCGGGGCCAGGAGCAGGCAUUGCGCUUUGAGCAGGAGCGGCGGAUAUGGCAGGAGGAGAAGGAACGGGUGCUGCGCUACCAGCGGGAGAUCCAGGGGGGCUACAUGGACAUGUACCGCCGCAACCAAGCACUGGAACAGGAGCUGCGGGCACUGCAGGAGCCCCUCGCACCCUGGAGCCCUCGGCUUGAGUCCUCCAAGAUCUGAGGCCAGCUGAGUGAGCUGACAGCAGAAGCACUGUCAGAAGAUGGCUUGGACAAGCCCACUCUGAGACAGCCAGCUCCUUCCUUAAUAUUGGUCUGGGGCAGAAUCUGCUGUGACCAGCCAAAGAUGGAGAGGCUCGCUGAGAGGAGGGAUCCAGUGGGGCUGUGGGCUGGAUGGGGUGCCAGCAGCAGGAGCCAGGGCAAGGCCCUAGUGGCUGAGGAAUACCCAGGCAGAGCCCAGCCCUGCUCCCUGAUGUAGAUGGCCCAGGAAAGGAGGUUUGGGAGUGAAGAGCCCUGUGAUGCAAAAGGGCCAGUGUGAGGGAGGGAGGCUGGAGUGGGAACAUUGGCCUCCCCAGAAUAAAAUCACAUUUUCUACGAGGAGGCACCAGGUGAUGAUGUUGGGCCUGUCCCUGACCUGAGUCCAGAGGAUCGUGGAUGGUCAGGGUUAGGGCUGUUGUCCCAGGCUGUAGCUCCACCAUGUUUAUGGUCAGUGGGGAGGGUAUGCCUUGUGCCUCUGUGUGCAGCUGCUGGACAUGCCGUUGGGGACUGGAGGAAUCCUUGCCCUGGCACCACAGAGUUUCUUAGCUGCCAUGUGGGAUGACAUUCCUUUCUUUAGCAUCAGUGGGAUUUUCAGAAGGCAAGUCAGCCAAGGUAUUGCUAUAACAUGAAACGACAUCCUCUUUUUGGAAAGUCUGGGCCCCAGGUUCCCAGGCCCAGCUGGAUGUGGGGCCGGCCUAAGACAGCUUCUGCUGGAGAACCUUAAGCCUCCAGGAGGGGCCCUGCCCCUCCCAGAACAUACCUCCCACCUUUCUCUCUGGCUUGUGCACCCCUCCCUCCAUUGGGAUGAGGGCCCUAGGAAGGUGUGGGAGAUGAGGCAGAGAAAGCUUGGUAAAGGGUCAGAACCACAGCCCUUUACCAUAGAACCACAGAACUACAGGGAAUGUGGACAUUUUCCUGUAGGCAUGGGGGGCCAUUGGGGUAUUCUUGAGCAGGAGUGAGAUAUGAUCUGAUUUGUAUUCUGGAAAAUUCUUUCCUGGGAGGAAGCACCCCCAUCCCUGGCCCUGCAUUAGGCUCCCUGACCCUUGCUCUUAGCCAAGGCUGGUCCUUGGCCCCUAAAACCCACUCCCAUCCUUGCCCUCUCAGACAUCUGGCUUCCCCUCUGGCCCCUUGCUCCCUCCUGGGUGGGUGAUCUGGAGCACAGAACCAGACUGGCUGUGCAAGAAGCAUCUCCCUAGCCCUUGCUCUGAAGUUUGGUGUCCUUACAGAUGCAUCCGUGUAACUGCUGCCAUGCAUGGAGCGUUUCCUGCCUGCCUGGUGCUGUGUUAGGCUUUCAGGGAAUGGGGGGUCAGGGUUGAAUUAGAUGUGCUUCCUGCCACAGGGGAGCCAGCACACAGACGUCUCCCUUCCAGGCCCUGUCAUGGUGGGGCAGUGGCCACCUCUGAGAUCUCUGCAGAGACCCUCAGUUUGUUCCCUAUGGCUGUGAUCAGCUCCUUCCCUGGACACGCCUGGCGGCCCCCUCAGGCCCCAACAAGUGGGUCCUGGUGGUGGAGUGGAGUCGCUGUGCAGGGGUUUGGAUGCAGCUGUGGAGUGUGAGCCUGUGUACCCCACCUUUUUAGGGCAGAGAGCAGGGUGUGUGUUGUCUGCUGUGGGGGUGGUGUGUUUAUGUCUGUGUGAGUGUCAGGUGUGUAGUGCUGUGGGUGGCGGGUGUGUCUAAGGGGGUGUGUUUGGGAUUCCUGGGUUGGAGGCCUGGAGGGCUGCUUCCUGGUCCCUCCCUCUGUUGCAUUCUUUCCCACCAGUCUCAGCCUCUUUUAGCACUGGCCAGGCUUGGCUAGAGCCUGUGGCCAGGGCAGAGCCCUGGGCCUAGGUGAGACCCAUCUGGGUUCACCCCUGAGCCCAGGUCCUCUGCCUGGGGAGGGAAAGCAAGGACACUUGGGUUAGGCUGGCCUGUCCAUGACAGGCCUUGAUACCCAUUUCACACACCCUAAUUGAGGUUUGUGGGUCAAUGGUUCCUCCAAAGGGCCCUCCAGAGUUCAGUGCUAGCCUGAAGCCUGGGUCACCCCCAGGGCCUGGAGCUGGUCAGGCUGGGUGCCCACGUGCCCCACAGUGGCUGGGUCCACCUUUUGGUGUCCCAGCUCUGCAGAACAGCUCCCCACCCAGCAAUUAGGGAGCUGGGCUGGCCAGUAUAGCCAGCGGGGAGUGGGCGGGCGGUACCAAAACUUGGCAUCUGUGCCAGAAACCAAAGCCAGGCCCAGAUGUAGGGGGAGGGCACAAGAGAGCCGAAGCUGGGGUGGCUCAGAGGGAGCCAGAUCCCUGUGAGCUCAUCCCUGCUGGGAAAACCAGUUCCCUGUCCCCAAGCCGGCUGGGCGGCUCUGGGGCCAGCCGAUCACAGGUGCCACUGUAGUGUCUACUGCUUGGGGCAGCCCCUCUGUCCUGCCCCUGGUGGACCCCUUAGCUCCCCAGCUGUCCUCAGACCCCCACCCCCAGCAGACUAGGCCCAAGAGCUAAUUCUCUCCAGACUGAGACUAGCUCCCUACACUGGGCUCCCAGCCCUUGGUCCCUCUUAUUCUCAGCUCAGAUAGCUUCACACCCUCCAGUGGCUCCCUGGGCCCCUUAACCUGUCACUUGAGGCCUCUGACAGUCUCCCUCCAGGGUCACUGAUAGUGGUGCCUCUCCUGAUGCCAGCAGCCCUCUGGGCCCUCAUUCUCCAGAUGUCCCCUCACGGUGCUCAGAUCUUGCCUCCUUAGGAAAGCCUUCCCUGCACUGACACCCUGCCUAGGCAAUUCCUCACUCCCUAUGUCUGCAGCCCCUCCGUCUCUCCAUCAGCUUUUUCUGUGCUGUUGGAAUUGUCAGUUUGCCUCUGUUUCCUCGGGGCUGUGGGCAUGGUUGGGGCAGGGCCGGCUCUUCUGUUUUCAUCCCCAGAGCCUGCUCUGGUUCCAGCCCAGCAGGCACUGGGGGGCUUUGGAGUCAAGAGAGACCACACCUCUCCUCUGACUAGUAUAUGGGUUCAAGCUGGUGGGGCGGGGGGAAGAUGGCAAAGGUUCCAGCUCAGAGCGUUCAUUCACCUUUCGUGCCACCUGGUCUGAACCAGGUCUGUGCCAAGCACUGCCAUUCACUGCACAGUGAUGUACUGAGUGCCUCCCUCGGGGAGGAAGCCAAGGUGGUCAAAGCCUCUGCCCCCAUGGCCCUUCCCGGAGGGUGGGGGAGAGAGACAAUACACACACAGGUCCACAGUAGUGACUGGGCCAGAAGAGUGCAAACAUACAGAGGUGGGGACAACAGAGGCACCUCCACGGUGGUGAGCAAGUCAGCAGGUCACGGAGAAGGCAGAGGGGGCCCAUCUGGGGGAUUGAGAGUCAAUUUCUUUGAGACUGGGGGAGCUGCAGGUAUUAGGGAAACUUUUUCCAAAGAGGGUGCAGGUGACAAUUCAGAUUGCAUAACCCACCACCCUAGUAGGUGGGGGCUUUAGCCCUCUGUAUUGGAUUCAGGAAAGAAAAAGAAUGUGCUGUUUCUUGAAACAAAAACAAAAGUGGAAUAGGUCAUGAGAGGUGAAGUUUGAGUGCCAUGGGAGUUCAGAGGAGAGCUAGCUCACUCAUCACUCCAGGUCAUAGGGGGGCGGAGGGACGGAUGUUGACCAAACUUUGGUCGGCCACUUCCGAGCUUUCUUUUUGACUGUGCCUUCCUGUGUCCUUCCUUGUGCAGUCCAGUUCUAGUGAGAAUCCUCCUAAGUUAGGUUAGACAGAGUUCUCCCAUCCUCCAUAUCUGAUCACCUUCCAUAUCUAAUCUGGUUCCUCAGCCUCCACCAUCUCCCAGGUUAUGUCUGGUCACUCUGGCCUGCCUUCAUUGAGAAUCCUCUGAGGUCGUUUAGCCAGUUCCCCCUGCACCUUGAGGUUUCCUCUUAGUAAUUUAUCAUCUGCUGAUCUCCACCCUGCUCCUUGGCUAUGAAUUCAACGUUUCCUGGUUAUAUUUGGAGUUGAGGCCGCUCUCUGGCCCCUACCACAAAACCCCAUUCCAGUAGCCCCCCUUGAAUAAAG